CCAAUCCGGUUUGAGCUAGUUUUUCCUUCCAAUGGACCAGUAACGUCUCGCGGCGCUGUAUCUGGCUGUAUUGGCACAGCUUUAUCCAGAAUAUACCGCUGCAUUUUCUGUUCCAUUUACUUUAAAUUCGGCUCAUUUUUUUCAUCUUUUUUUUUAUUUUUCGUUAUAAAUACUCCCCCACACAAACCAACCAUGCCUAAAAGGAGCAAAGCAGCAGCAGGAGGAGACUCAGCGCCCAAGAGGAGAUCUCUUAGGUUGAAAGAUAAACCCGCACCUGCAAAAGCAGAGGCCAAACCCAAGCCAAAGAAGGGACCCGUUAAGGCUAAGAAAGCCAAGGAGGUGGAGAAGGCCAAGCCUGAGGAAAAAGCACCAGAGGCCCCAGCUGAGAACGGUGAAGCCAAAGCUGAGGAAGAGGCUCCCGCUACGAACGCAGCCGAUCAGAAAGAUGAGGCAGCUGAAUAACAUCACUCCAGCUCUGUCUUUUAUCAGUGCUCCCUGUACCUCUUUUCUUGUACAAUUCAGGGGAAUAUUUUUAUCGACUAUUUUCUAAAUACAGGUUUUUUAGUAGUUUGAUUGUAGAGAACACUUUUUUUUAAAACGAAACACCAAUUUGGACACAGGGAAACUCAUCAUACCCCACAAUUUUACAUCCACGAGAUUAUGCGGACAUCGUUACUGUCGGUGGGUUUUAUUUCAGGUCUAAAUGUGAAGGAGGGGGGGUACGGGUGGGCGGACGCGUCAAACACGGAAGCUUGACGGGCGGGGGCAACAACUGGAAGAGCUUACCUGCGUGGAGUACAUUCCAUAAGCUUUAUAAGGGACAGUCUGUAGUGCGUGGGGGGGUGGAUGUCAUCGUACAACUCAUUGUUUUCUUGUUUAUAUUGAAGAACAGUGUUUUAGAAUGUUUGUAAGUUUUUUCUUUUCCUAUUUGGUCAUUCAUGCAGUUUUCUUAACCAUCGUACUCAAUAAAUCCUAAAAUUCCUAGUUCUGCGGCACCCCCAUUUGAAACUGUGCAUGUGUUGGUUGUGUCUGUCGUGUGAUAGCAUCGCAAUAAAUUUGUAAAGCUGCUGUGCUGAAAGAGUUUUCAAUCUGCAGUAUGUAACGGUACCUUGUAAGGAUGGUUAUAAAAGGAACUUGUUCUUUAGCCAUGCUGAACUAGUAUUUACAUUAAAAAUCUCCUGAGGUCGGCUUCCUUACAGCCAACAGACAAACUGUCCUUUCAAACCAACAGUAGCCAUAUUUCUGUGGGUUUUAGGUGUCUGUAUCGAGUCCACAUGUGCAGUUUUUUUUUUUAUUUGUCUAGAGUUGUGCUUGUGUAAUGAUUGUUAACAAACCAAUAAAACUCAGUUGGUAGCUGUUA